AUGGGCAUUGGAAAGGGCCGACCCAGUGCACCACCUGCAGUCAAGAGCGCAUCAGUGCGGGCGUUCAUGGCGCACAUGUACUUCACAGCUUCAGAGCCUAUGCCAACAGCGAUAGCCUCCAAACAAGUUCUCGAUGGAGCAGAUGAUGAUCUGCGACAAGAGCUCCUGGACAGGCUGGUGGACUCCAGGUUGGUAGGUACAUCGCUGACUUUGACGGGAGCAAUUGUACAUGGGUUUGGCGUGUACAUUUACAUCGGAGAUGAAGGACUUAGCACAGGAUCAAGUUGGACAAUAGAAUGUGCCAUGCGGUCGAUUGAUCGAGCCUACCAGCAAGCUCGGGCAAAGAAUGCACCCUUUCCUUGGGAGCUGUGGCUCCAAGGGGACAACUGCCCAAAAGAAGUCCGUAACUCGUUUACUGGAAAGUGGGGAUGCUUACUGGCACAAGCGAACUUUUUCGUGGGUGUGAGCCACCACCAUAUGGUGGUUGGCCACACCCACGAAGACAUAGAUGGUGUAUUUUCCUUGGUGACGGCAGCAUUGAAUGCUGAGAAUGGCAUCGAAACCCCAAGGGACAUUCAAAGGACCAUUCUUCGGAGAUUGACACCUGCAUUCCAGAAGAAGGGCUUGGUCCUCGAAGUGGAACUUAUCGACACCAUUCGCAAUUGGGCAAAACUGAUGCCCACCAAUUCUACCCUACGGAAUUGCUACAGAUCCCGGAAGAAUGAUGCCGAGAACAACAUGCGAGUCCCACAAUCGUUUUCUUUCUUCCCUCGUGAAGGAGCCGGUGAUCGAAAGGACAUCUUUGCGCUUGUGAAGGGGAACAUGGCGGUCGUUGCUGAGAAGAACUUGGGCGACCACAUCUUUCAGCUCUAUGGGGCAAACACAGAUGGACUGAAGAAGGUGAUUGAACACCUGGUCAUUCACUCCUAUCGGGGAGAGAACGAGCAGUUCAGCGCGCACAUCAAAGAGUUCAUGUCAGGAUACCGUCAAUCCGCCGAAGCGGUAUUGGUGAAAUUUCCCCGGGUGGACCAAACACGAAACAUCAUUGACUUCUCUGUGGGAUACAACGACGGCCAAUUGAAGGAAUUCCAAGAAGAAGACCUUGAAGAUCCAGCUGUGAGCCACAUGCUCCAAUCCUUCCGCUAUGUGCGAUGCCUUCCACUGGAUGUCCUCCAGGGCGAUUGGUGGGUGCCUGGGAGUACAUCAAGGGCUGACUUGGCCAAAUACUCUGGGAAGGCUCAGUGGCAGGAAAUCUUGCAGAACGACGAGGAGAAGCAUCAAUUCCUGUUUGACAUCUGCUGCGUUUGGCAGUACUUGCAGCCGAAAAUGAAAUCCUCUUUUCCCAUGGCGGUACUGGAAAAGUACAACCAGAUGUUCUUCAAGGGGAACUUGGACUCUGACUUGGGUGGCCUUGUGAAAGCUGGUGAAGAGUUUGACUGGGAACGCAUCAGUUUUGUGCUGGAGGACGGAAAAGGAAAGUUCAAAGCGGCGAGCAAAGCUGGUUUCGCAGCUGGAGGAAUUGUGGGGGCUGCGAAAUAUGAGUUUAUCCUCACAGCCCUGACGAACCUGUUGACUCUUUACAAGAGAAACGGUGUGGCGGUGGUGAUUCAUCCGAACAGGGCAUCCCAACUUCAGGUUCCAAACAGGAAGAGCGAGGCCAAAAAGGAAGAGAUCGACGCCAAGGAGGAGGUUGAUGAUGAUCAGGGAGGUGUCAAGCGCGACCUCGAUGAUGAUGAUGACGACACGGAUGACAAAGAGGACGCAAAGGAGGAAGCGGAUGUCCGUGACAUCCGUUAUAACUUGGAGAAAGAUCUGAGCGCCAAAGACAGGAACUUAUCUGUGCGCAGCGUCACAUGGGUGUUUGCCAAGGAUUCCAUCUAUGGGCGUCGAGAUGGAGCCAUCACCGGAGUUGCUGUGGUUCACCAGGACAAGGGGAACAUUUACCGCAAAUCUUCUCUGUGGAAGCAGGGCGUAGUGGACAAUGUCCAAAUGCUACCAAGGGCCAACAUGUUCAAACCCGUUGCGGUGCAAAGCAAAGCCAAUUUGCCUCACCUGGGGCGCGCGCUGACAGAUGUCCAGGAGUUGAAGCAGGUGGCUGGGGGCACAGACUUCGUGGAACAAACCUUGGCCUCGUUGAAGCCGCAAACUGUGUCCACUACUCUGAUGCUGGAUUUGCACUGCUACGAUGGGUGGCCAGCCCUAGCUGUCCUUCAGGAGGCUGCCCGCGAAGAACGCAUCCUUUGUGGAUCGGUGGUUUUGGACCAGCGGCCUGACGGUCUCCAGCAGUACUUGGCGAAUGCUGUGUAUGAGUCGUGCCGCUCAAAGCAAUUGAAGCUGAAGGCUUUCCCUGACUUUUCCCAGUACAUCCAAAGUUUGAAAGAUGUGAAACCAGAAUCGACAGGCCAUGAAUACCAGGUGUGCACCAAAAGAGGAACCACCUUGUGUGUACUGGGGUCUUAUGCAUCGAAAUGGCUGGAGUCAGAGCAGUUCAAGGGGGAUGCGACUGCCAUCAUUCAACAGCACAACCAGAAGUACAACCCUGAGGGGGAUUUUGUGGAGGAAGCUCAAGACAGGACCGAAGAUCGCAGCCAAGAACGAGCUCCCAAAAGAAUCAAGUUGGAAUCCGAUGACAAGGCCUCUGACGCUGAUGUCACCGCUCUCAAAAAAGCGAAGAAGUUCCAGAUCAAUUCUUGCGCGGAGCUGGUCACCGAUGAGGAAGCGGCUGAAUGUUGCCAGGACACGGGGGGGCGUUGGUAUUCAUUCUCUGUUAACAUGGACUCGGUCUUUUUGUUGGAGAAGAAGCACCUUCCUUCCCACUUGACGGCGCUUCCUGCUGUUGAUACCCCCACACCGCUGCGGGAGUUGGUUUUGCAACUUGAAGAUGCAGGGGAGGUGAAGCUCGGAGUCAGCCAUCACACACUGGAGGAGAAUGCCGUUCGUUCGGACAAACCCCUUGUGUUCGUCUUAGACAACCGCAAAGACCCGGAAGAGGAGGAGAAGAACAAGAAACGCAAACGGGGUGAAAAGAACAAGGGUUCAGGUGGUCCUACUUUCAAAAACUUUGGAGCCUAUGUCCAGACCAUCAAGAUCAAGGGAAGCUCGAAAAUCUCAAUUGGAUGGCGUGUGAGGCACAUAUUUGAAAAAUGCAAUCAAAUUAUAUUUGGUUUGUUGAUACCAAACAUCUACUUUUACAUCCCUAAAGUAUGUAUUAUGUCUUUGAACACGCUGAGACAGCUACUUUUCAAAAUGGUUUGGAGAUGCUUGCGGCAUGUUUUCAUGUUCCCAACUGCCCCAGGCUUGAUUCGAAGGCCAAUGGGACCAAAAUGUUGGUCCCUAUCAGGCCGAUUGGGAUCACGGCUGGCGUGA